UUUUUUUUUUUUUAAAAAAAAAAAAAUAUCAUAUCAAUCAUAAUUAUAUGUCUUCAGAUACCGAGACAACAACACCUCAAGUGGAAAAAAAGAAGGGGGGUCAUCAACGUGGUAAUAAAAAAUCUGUCGAGAAUAAAAAGAAACCUAUUUCAAAAAAGAAGGAAAAACAAUUACAACGGGAGACAGAACGCCGCAAUGCUGUUAUGGCUGCAUUCAAUAAACAUUAUGAAGAAGAAUGGGGUUCACAACGUUGGCCACAACUCUUAGAAGCCAUGAAAAAGCCUGUACGUCAUUGUAUCAUGAUCAAUAAAUAUGCGAACGUUGACGAUGUAAAGACCAAGUUAAAGGAUGUUUUAAGUGAUUUGACAAUGCUUGAUUUUAUUCCAUCUGUGCCCUGUUAUGCAUCUAAAUCUCAAUCCCGUUUUCCACCCCCUUCUAAGGAUAGUAAUAAUAUUAUGGACUAUUAUAUUUUAGAUGCAGGCUCUGUUUUAGCGACAGAGGCCCUCGAUAUUCAACCUGACGAUCAAGUGCUGGAUAUAUGCGCUGCACCUGGUGGGAAAACAUUGGCUAUUUUGCAGCGCUUGGAUCGAAAAUAUGGUCGAUUGACUUCAAAUGAGAUUGCAUCUGAUCGUCGUAGAAGAUUACGCCAAGUAAUUGAGACUUAUUUACCACUUGAUGUUAUGGAGGAAAUGAGUACUGUAGUAGGCAAAGAUGGUACAAGAUAUUAUGGUGAACCUGAGCAAUAUGAUAAAGUGCUUUUGGAUGCACCUUGUUCUUCAGAACGUCAUUUAUUACAUGAUGAAAAGGAACUUGAACUAUGGACACCUAAACGUACACAAGUAAACGCGAAACGCCAAUUAGCCAUACUUAAAGCAGCACUUCAUUCAGUUCGAGUCAAUGGAUUAGUCUUGUAUGGUACAUGCUCAAUUAGUUCAUUAGAGAAUGAUAAAGUGAUUGAACGCAUGAUGAGAAAAGGUAAAAUUCCCAUUGAACCCAUCAAAAUGAAAUGGCCCAUUGGAGAAAGAACAAAAUAUGGUUGGAUUAUUUUACCAGAUAAAACAGAAGGUUGGGGACCUCUCUAUUUUUCAUUACUUAGAAGAACAGGUGUUUCAAAGGAUGGAGAAUCAUCAGAGGAAGAUAUUUUUAAUAUCCGCUGUUGGAAGCUUCUACUUCCUUCUAGCGGAUGUAUUUAAUACAUUUGCAGAAAGAAAAAAAAAAUAUGCAAUUUUUUAUUUUUAUUUUUUUUUAUUUUAUUUUAUAAUAAUAAUAAUGUUUGGCUGUAUUG